AUGUGUUUGGGGAAGGUCACCAUACUGGAGGCCAGUGAUCGGAUUGGAGGCCGCGUUCAGACCUACAGGAAUGAGAAAGAAGGCUGGUACGCUGAUCUGGGAGCAAUGAGGAUCCCAAAUUAUCACCACAUCACCCGCUGGUUCAUCAGUGCAUUCGGUUUAAAGCUGAACAAAUUUCGCAUGUUGGACAUAAACACCUUCUACUACGUUCAUGGCCUGUUGAAGACAACCUACGCUGUGAUGAAAAACCCAGACAUCCUGAAUUACAAACUCCCAGAAAGAGAAAAGCACAAAUCACCAACUGAAUUGCUGGAAAAGGCUCUGAAAAAGGUGAAGGAGGAGGUUCUGGCUCAUGGCUGCAGAGCUAUGCUGAAGAAAUACGACCAUUACUCAGUAAAGGAAUAUCUGAGAACUGAAGGUGGUCUGAGUGCAGAGGCCGUGAGGAUGAUUGGAGAUUUACUCAAUGAGCAGAGCCUCAUGCAUCUGGCUUUGACUGAGAUGAUCUACAUUGAGAACGACGUCAGCGACAGCACAAUGUACGAUGAAAUAGUUGGAGGGACGGAUCGUCUCGCUGAUGCUUUCCUGUCUGUCCUGGAUGUUCCCAUCUUACUAAACUCCCGGGUGAAACGGAUCCAGCGCUCACAUAAAGGUGUAACGGUCUGGUAUGAGGGAGAAAACGAGCCCUCUUUGGAGAGACUGGAGGCCGAUGUUGUUCUGGUAACCACUACGGCCAAAGCAGCUCUGUUUAUAGAGUUUGAUCCUCCUCUUUCUGCCAGAAAAAUGGAGGCCAUGCGGGGGGUUCAUUAUGAAAGCUCCACAAAAAUCAUCCUCACCUUCAAACAGAAGUUCUGGGAGAAACAAAGCAUCAAGGGGGGGAAAAGCAUCACAGAUGGACCCUCUCGUUACAUCUACUACCCAAGCCACAGUUUUCCAGGAAACAGCAGCAUUGGCGUCCUCCUGGCGUCCUACUCCUGGUCUGAUGACUCACGUCUCUUCGCAGGUGCUAGUGAUGAAGAGCUGAAAGAGCUGAUCCUCAGGGACCUGGUGCACAUCCACGGUGAAGAGGUCCGGUCUCUAUGCACCGGUGUGAUAGUGAAGAAGUGGGGUCUAGAUCCAUACAGUCUGGGAGCAUUUGCUCUGUUCUCUCCUUACCAACACAUCGAGUAUUCUGCAGAGCUCUUCAGGAAUGAAGGCAGAAUUCAUUUUGCAGGAGAACACACAGCUUUCCCUCACGCUUGGAUCGAAACGUCCAUAAAAUCUGCAAUCAGGGCAGCUAACAAUAUCAGCAUGGCUGCACACAAAGUUUCAGGCAAAGGUCAACACCGGGAUGAGCUGUAAGACAUGGAGGACACUAUGCAGAUUUACUUGUCAGCUGUAGGAAAAUGUCACAUCAAACCAACCUAGAUUUAUUUACAGCAAAAGUGCGGUCAUAUUCAGAACUUCUGAAAGUACUUUAAACAUGAAAUUAUUCCAUACUGUUCAAUAAAUGAUAAGUGUUUUUAAUUAAGAGUAAUUUUAUGUGAAUGUUCUUUACUGGAGGC